AUGUACCUGGAUUCUUCGUAUCCCACUGCGGUAAUUUGUAUUAUAGCUACCGAAUUCUGCGAAAGAUUCUCCUUUUGCGGAUUGAGGACGAUUUUGUCGCUAUAUUUGAGAAAUAUCCUUUUGUUUUCCGAAAACGCCUCCACCGUUAUCUACCACGUUUUCAAUAUGGUGUGUUAUUUAGUGCCCAUAGUGGGAGCGAUAUGCGCAGACAGCUACUUCGGCAGAUACAGGACAAUCCGCAAUUUCUCGCUGAUAUAUUUGAUAGGAAAUGUGCUCAUGUGCGUCGCAGUAGUUCCUGUUUUGGAUCACAACCCAAUAUUAAUGUCAAGCAUGGCCCUCCUACUGGUAGCGGUAGGAACCGGAGGCCUGAAACCGUGCGUUGCCGCCUUUGGAGCAGAGCAAUUUCAUUUGCCCGACCAGUUUGACCUCUUGCGAGAUUUCUUUUCGAUAUUUUACUUCACCAUCAACCUCGGGGGAUUCGCGGGCAUGGUGAUUACCCCUAUAUUGAGAGAGUCCGUCACCUGUUUCGGUGACGACAGCUGUUAUCCCCUCGGAUUUGGAUUUCCAAUGGCCCUGAUGGUACUCGCGAUACUAUUCUUCGUCCUGGGAAAAAAGUUCUACAAAGUUAAAACGCCGAAACGAAACAUCAUAUUAGAAUUCUUGAACUGUUCCGUGUAUGCUCUAGCGCAAAGGGUAAAGGAAUCCGAGUUGAGGCACGAACAUUGGCUCGACUAUGCCAGACGGAAGUUUGACAUCAAACUUAUCGCGGAUAUGAAGGCGGUCUUCUCAAUUUUACUAUUGUACACACCCCUGCCGAUAUUUUGGUCCCUUUUCGAUCAGCAAGGUUCGAGAUGGACUUUUCAGGCAUCGCAUAUGGACGGCAACAUAUUGGGGAUGCAGAUAAUACCCGAUCAAAUGCAAGUGAUCAAUCCGGCCAUGGUGUUGGUGCUAAUUCCAAUUUUCGACAAAGUUUUUUACCCGGGAUGCGACAAAAUAAACGUCCUUCAAAAUUCUCUGCACCGGAUGGCCAUAGGAGGAUUAUUCGCCGGAUUAGCUUUCAUCGCAGCCGGCAUUUUGGAACUAGUGCUGGAAACCACAUACCCAGAGAUGCCAGUACGCAAUCACGGCUCCUUAAACGUCAUCAAUACCCUGCCUUGCAGCCUGAGCAUCACCAAUCCGUUUAACCGACUGCAGGUGGUAGAUAAAGGCGAAAUAUUCCGAUUUAAAAAUAUGCCCUGUCACAAUCGCACGGAAUACGGAUUGAUGGUGGAAGCGCCGCUGCGUUGCGGUUUGAUUAAUUUUAAGCGGGAAGUUUUUAAACUUUCCGCUGUUUUCGUAGAAUACCAGGUAGACACAGUUCUAAUAGGCAUAAACAGUGAAGAUGAAAUCCAAGGGUAUGUUACCGACCCAAUAGACUUUAAAAAAUCAAUCAGCGGAGCCCCGAGAAUAAGGAUCGAUUUUAUAAAGACGUCAAAGUUGCUGAGUAAUUUAUCUGUUACGUUUCAAAGUACAACGGGGUUGCAAGAUAGCUAUUUCCUGAGUCACACAGAUGAUGAGGUUCUAAUAGGUUCGCCGUACAUUGAAAUUCCACAGGGAGUUUACGAAUGUAGAAUCGCAAGCGCGGAAAAGACUCACCUAUAUGAAAAAUAUUUCCAUUUCGCGUUGGGUGGUGUUUAUUCGUUGGUGAUCAGAGAACAUCGCGGUGAAAUUGCGUUUGUAAAGCUAUUCACGAUGUCGGACCCGAACUCUGUAAACAUUCUGUGGCAAAUUCCGCAAUACUUUCUGAUAUCCGUGGCGGAAAUCAUGUUCGGCGUUGCCGGAUUGGAGUUUUCCUUUACCCAGGCACCGAAAAGUAUGAAAACCGUCACGAUAGCGGGAUGGUACCUUUCUACUGCAGUCGGUAAUUUGUUUGUUAUAGUUAUAACGCAGUUGAACAUGUUUAAAAGUCAGGCUUACGAAUUUUUCAUGUUCGCCUUGCUGAUCGUCGCCGAUAUGGCCCUUUUCAUGGAAAUGGCGUCCAAAUACGAAUUCAGCGAGUUGGACGUAGAAAGUUCCGCGUUCAUUCUGAGAGACGGAAACCCGACGUUGGAGGCAGAAGACCGAGAAGAAGGCACCAGGGUGUCUUAA